AUGCACAGAAUUCCUCUUUUGAGCAGAUUAAGCGACCAAGCAGUUGUGUCAAAUAAUCCCGCCCUGCGUCGAAGUAGUAAUAGCACUGUGGACCCAACACAUUCACUAUCACAUAGGCGACUCAGUCAAGAGACACUCACAACACUUAUAAACCCCUUAGCGGCAACAGGAACCUCACCAGCAAUAGUUGAAAAUGUCACAAUGUUAAAUAUGGAAUCACGAAUUGACUCUGAUACAGAGUCAUUGCAGGCCACUUUGACCGAAGAUGCAUUCGGCUCAGUGUUUGAAGUACCAGCGAUUUCUUAUACUUACAUUAGGAAAUUACCAAUUGUCACAAGCAAUUUUUUUGGCAAGUCAGUUCAUGUGUUUGCAAGCAAAUUAGAUGUCGAGCAGUUUAAGGCACAGGGGAAAAAUGGCGAAGUAACUCCUAUUUUGACAUUGCAUUCUCAACGAGGGAUUCAGUCACUAAAGAAGAACAGCCCUCAAUGCAUACUGUACAGUUAUGACGGAAAGGAUAGAGUUGAGCACGCCCGUAUGUAUCAUGACAUUCUCAAAAAUAAUAAUCACAAGUAUACCAUGGUAUUCCGAGACUCAUCAAUAGUUGUGCUGAUCAAUUCUAAGUCUGGACCUUUUACCGAUUGUGAGUUCAAAUCUACUAGAUUAAGGUUUCUUGGGACAACUGGAAGUUAUUCCACAUUUGGAUCAAGAGCUAUCACAGCAGUUACUGUUACAAACAAUGAUAUUGAGCUUUUAACAGAUGGUUAUUCAGUUGAUGAACUGGCGUCCUCUAAUGAUUUGAAACCAAAGUUGAACAAAGUUGCGGUGAAAAAUAUCAAAGAGUUGUCCAAGUUUAUUCCUUUUGCCACAUUGAGAUUGGAGCCAACUUCAGUCAUCACAAAACGAAUACAGAAAGUAGGCGAGAUUCAAACAUUUGAUCAUGUGGACUCAAGAAUUCCAAGUUCCAAUUGCAUGGCAAUGUUGGCAGUACUCUUGGUACUAAGGGAGCAAGAAACUAUGAAAAUACAGAGAAAUGAUUAA